AUGGAAUUAUCAAAAAAGUUUUUUUCAUUACCAUUAGAUGUUAAAAUGAAAUAUAAAAUUAAUAUUGGUGAAAGUGAAUCUAAUUUAGGUUAUUUUUCACUUGGUCAACAUGGAACAGAUUAUAAAGAGGAGACUAAUAAUAAUAAUAAAAAAAAUAAUAAUACAUCAAAAAGAAUAUCAGAAUUAUAUCCAACAAAAGAAGAAGAAGAGCUAUAUGAUAUUGUAGGAUUUAAAGAUACUUGUGAAACUUUUAUGAAAUGUUUAAAUCGAUUUAGUAUUGAGUUGAUGGGAUUGAUCACAAUAAAUUUAAAUUUACCAGAAGAUUAUUUUAAUGAUUUAUAUUUAAAUCAUCCACAUUUUAAUUUAGGUUUAUUAAAAUAUAUGUCAUUUGAUGAUGAUGGUAAUGGUAAUGGUAAAAUUACUAAAUUUGGUAAUGAACCUCAUUGUGAUUGGGGUUUAUUUACAUUACUUUAUCAAGAUGAUGUUGGUGGUUUACAAGCUUUAUCAAAAUCAACUGGUCAUUGGAUAAAUGUCAAACCAAUUAGUGGUUCACUCAUUUUCAAUAUUGGUAAUGUGAUGGAAAUCAUUACAAGAGGUUAUUACAUUUCAAUGUUUCAUCAAGUAAUUUAUAAUACAUCUGGUAGAGAUCGUUAUUCAUUCCCAUUCUUUUUUAAUCCUCAACUUGGUAAACCAAUAGUUCCAAUAAAUAAUUUAGAAACAACAACGACAACAACAAUAACAAAAAUUGGAAAUUAUAUAAAAGAUCCAAAUAUAUUAAAUUUCAAAGGAACUUAUAAUGAUUAUCAUAACAUUGAAAUGAAUAAAUUGUUUAAAAAACAAAAUUAA